AUGCCGCGCGACCCUCCCCCAUCCUCCCAGCGCCGCGACCAAGACAGAGAUCGAGAUCGCGAGCGCGAUCGCAACAGAGACCCCGACCGCAGACCCAAAGUCUCAGACUCAGACCGCCGCCGCCGCCGCACAACCCACCGCCCCACGAACAGCGCAAGCUUACUCCUCCCCCGCGACUCGGCCGACCUCCCCGAAAGCGCAUCUGAGUCGCCUAGUCCCACGAAACAUCGUCGGCAUCGAGAGGAUACACCGACGUCGGGGUCGCCUAGCCCGACCAAGCCGCCGCGAUCGAGACAAGCGGGCAGAAGCAGCCGGGAUGGUGGCGGUGAUAAUGGUGGGGGCAGUGGAGGUGGUAGUGGUGGACUCCUGUCCGCGGGCAGCUUGGCGAAGCUGGACAAGCUGAACGACACGAGGGGAUGGGAUUAUGAUGGGAAAUACGUGCGGGAGGUGCAGGAGAGGGAGAGGAGGAUGGAAGUUGAGAGGGUGAAGGGAAAGAGGAAGGAGAAGAGGAGGGAGAGGACGACGGAUAGGGAUGGCGGAGGCUAUGAGAGUGGGAGGGGUUAUGAGUCUGAGAGGCCUAGGCGAUCGAGGAGAGGAGAGGCCAGAGUGGACGAUUCGGAGAGGGAGGGCGGUGGAACAGGUGGGAGCGGUAGGGGCGGUGGAAGAGGUGGGAGUGGUGGGGGCGGUGGCAGGCCUGCUCAAGAAAGGGCAAAGGCGGGCGAUACUACAGGCCAUGAGAGCGGAAGGGGACACGACUCCGACAGACCCAGGCGGCCAAAGAGAGAGCGUGUCCCAGAACAUAAUUUAGACUACGAGAGGGAUCGGUACGACGAGAAGCAGGCGCGGAGGCAAGGCGGGGAGGAAGAUGCCGAGGAGAAAAUCAAAAGAUAUUUAGAGGAGAAGGAGAAGAGGAAGCGGCGCAAACAAGAGAAUGACCAGGAUGAGCGCAAAGAAAAGCGCAGGAAGAGGAGGGUUAUCAGCGGGCCGUUGCUGGAAGAGGGCGGAGAAGAUGAGGUCUAUGAAUACAAGAAAGAGUUUCGAGGUGGUGCUGACGGCGACGACUACGAGGAGAAAGAGUUCCGAAGAAAAAGACGGAAACGCAUAUGCAUUAUAGCCUUGAUCGUCAUUGUUGUCCUAGCGAUCAUCAUCCCAGUCGCUGUUCUCAUGUCAAAGAAGAGCAGCGGCGACAACGUUCAAAGCGUAGCAGCGGCCAACAGCAACCAGCCUGCGAACAAGAACCUCGAAUCAAUUUCUGAAAACGACAUCCCGGCAGCCGCCAAAGGAACGAUACUGGAUCCAUUCAGCUGGUACGACACAACAGACUUCAACGUCACCUACACCGAGGAAACGGUCGGCGGCCUGCCGCUCAUUGGCUUGAAUUCCACAUGGGAUGACACCGUAUGCGCAAACGAGAAAGUCCCAUGCCUCAACGACACCUUCGCAUACGGCAAGACGCCCAUCCGCGGCGUGAAUGUUGGCGGCUGGCUGAACAUCGAGCCAUUCAUCACACCAUCAUUCUUCCAGCACUACAGCUCGCGGGACGGCGUCAUAGAUGAGUGGACGCUUUUGGCCAGAAUCGGUUCUAAAGGAAAAGCUACCAUGGAGAAGCAUUAUUCGUCUUUCGUCAACGCCCAAACCUUUGCUGAGAUUCGUGAGGCUGGUUUUGACCAUGUCCGCAUUCCCUUUGGGUACUGGGCUGUAAAGACCUAUGACGGUGAUCCAUACGUAUCCCAGGUGUCAUGGCGAUAUCUGCUCCGUGGUGUUGAGUACGCACGGCAAAAUGGUCUCCGGGUGAACUUGGACCUUCACGGCGCGCCUGGAAGCCAGAACGGCUGGAACCACAGCGGCAGACAAGGCCAGAUCAACUGGCUCAACGGCACAGACGGCGACAUCAAUGCACAGCGCACACUCGACAUCCACAAGCAGCUCAGCACCUUCUUCUCACAGCCGCGCUAUCAGAACGUUGUGACUCUAUACGGCAUAGUCAACGAACCACGCAUGGUCGCACUCGACCGACAAAAAGUGAUAACCUGGACGGAAAACGCCAUCAAAGUGAUCCGCGACGGCGGCAUCACGGCCAUCCUCGUCUUCGGCGACGGCUUCAUGGGCCUGGACAACUGGCAAGGCAAGCUGCAAAGCGACGGCCGCCUCCUCCUCGACGUGCACCAGUACGUCAUCUUCAACGUCGACCAGAUCGCGCUCACCCACACCGAGAAGCUGCAGUUCGCAUGCAGGGAGUGGAACCUGCAAUCCAAGCGCUCGAUGAACAGAGCCGCGGGCUUCGGACCCACCAUGUGCGGCGAAUGGAGCCAGGCUGACACCGACUGCACCGAGAACAUCAACAACGUAGGCAUGGGCUCGCGGUGGGAGGGCAACCUGAACACGGGUAACGCGUCGACUUCUGUGCUAACGCCGCUGUGUCCGGCGAAGUCAGGGUGUAGCUGCGACCAGGCCAAUGCUGAGCCCUCGCAGUGGUCGGAUGCGUACAAGGACUUUCUGCUGAAGUUCUCGCAGGCGCAGAUGGAGAGUUUUGAGGCGGGCUGGGGAUGGUUCUAUUGGACAUGGGACACGGAGAGUGCGCCGCAGUGGAGUUACAAGCAGGGCAUGGCGGCGGGCGUCCUGCCAAAGAAGGCGUAUGAGAGGAGUUUCAAGUGUUCGGAUCCGUUGCCGGAUUAUGGGGCUAUGGGUUUGCCGGAGAACUUUUGA